UGAAUCGCCUUGGUUGAGCCCCUUGCAGAACAACUGGCGUUUGAAUUCCACCUGAUCUACACGCAACUCUCGAAUAGCACAUCAUGGCGUCCAGUGACACGGCAUGGGAACUCGAGGAAGGCAUCCCCCAGGUUCAGGAUCCUUUCAUCCAGCAAUACCUGAGGGGUCGCGAUUCGCUGAUCCUGCAGGAGCAAAAGCAGCGACACGACUUCAAUUUUCGCAAGGCUCUGCCGCCGACAGCAGCCAGGGCGUGCAAGAUCAUCUCCCAGAUCCGCGACCGGGAGCUGCACCACGUGCGCUCCCCAGGCUCGAAUGAGCAGGAUGCCCUGCCAUCCACACCCACAGCGCGACAUGCAGGCCUUCUCUCUUUGGAUAAAGAGAAGAUAGAGUCGACCGACCUGUGGGAGGUCAUGCGAAAGUUCCCCAAGGGGUCUCUUUUGCAUGCGCCGUUACACGCCGCAGUCAAUGUGGACUAUUUGAUCGACCUGGCGUUCUCUACCCCGGGUAUUCACGUUUAUGCGGACCGCCAUCUGGCAGCUCCGGGUGACUCGACUGACGCGUCGUUUGCCUUCCAAUACUCACUAGGAACGACGAAGGACACUGGAGACCAACCUACGAUGUGGUCGGCUACAUACAAGCCCUCGAGCCUUGUCCUACUGCAGAGCGCAGCGUCUUCGUUCCCAAAUGGGGGAGAAGAAGGGUUUCGAGUGUGGCUCAAAGGCCGAUGCACGCCAAAACCAGGUUAUUCGGAUUACCACAGGCGCACAAUGCCCAUUGUAAACUCCCUGCUGAGCUAUGAGCCCAUUUUGCGCUCAUGUUUGAAACAGGUCUUCACUGAUCUUGCAAACGAUGGGAUAGGAUACGUUGAGUUGAGAAAUACUUUCAACUUCCCAUACCGCAAGGAGAGUAAGGAGGUCCCAGAGGAAGACUACGGCGCAUGGUGUCAUGUGUUUCAGGAGGAGCUUGCACAAUUCCGGGAAACGGACGUCGGGCAGGGGUUUCGUGGAGCACGCAUUAUAUGGAGCAGCCGGCGCUCGUUAUCAAACAGAGACCUCGUUGAGGAUAUGACACAAUGUAUCCUGGCAAAGUGCGAUUAUCCAGAGGUGAUCUGCGGGUUUGAUAUAGUAGGGGAGGGAGAUGAGAGGCCGCUCACCGAUCUGGUUCCCAUACUCUUUUGGUUCCGCAAGCAAUCUGUUGAAGAAGGAGUGGAGAUUCCGUUCCUCUUCCACGCCGGGGAGUCUCUCCGAAAUGAAGACGAGGCAGAUCAAGGCCUGUUCGAUGCCAUCCUGCUGGGGUCUCGAAGAAUAUGCCAAGGGCUUUCGCUGCACAAGCACCCAUUAUUGAUGGAUCUGAUCAAGGAGAAGAAGAUCCUGGUGGAGUGCAGCCCGCUGUCCGAUGAGAUUUUUGGAUUCACAGACAGCAUCCAGACCCAUCCGCUCUCUGUUUUACUAUCCCGGGGUGUUUCCGUCUCCCUCGGUGCCGAUGCGCCGGGCCUUCCUGGACACAGUACCGGCGCAUUGACGUGGCAGUUCUGGCAAGCUAUCCAGGGUCUUGAUAGUAUGGGUCUCGCGGGACUGGCCAUGAUGGUGGAGAACUCGAUCCGGUGGAGCUGUUACGAGGAUCAGCCGACGGGCGAGUGGCUAUGUGACCUUCGGGAAGGGAUCCUGGGUGAGGGGAUGAGGGCCAAGCAGUUGCAAGAAUGGUACGCGGAGUUUGAGAAAUUUUGCGAGUGGGUGACGCAACGGUUUCCGGAGGUAGAAGUCGAUGAAGCCGUUUGAUUGUGCUAGAUG